GAGGCCCACGUGUCCGGAAGCGCUCCUGUUGUUAUGUCCGUGUUUUCUGACAGAAAAGCUGGAAAACGGAGCUGAAGAGUUGUAAAACGUGGGUCCGGACGGUGUGACGGGGGCGCCGGCGGGCUGAACCGGUGAGGCCCGGGCGGAAACAUGGGCCUCCUGGCCAGGGUCCGGAAGGAAUGGUUCAUCAUCGGGAUAGUGGUGGUCAUCUUAUCGGCCAAGCUGCAGCCCAGCGUCGGUGUCAAAGGGGGUCCAUUAAAGCCAGAGUUCACCAUAACCUACGUUGCUGUCUCACUCAUUUUCUUCAACAGCGGCCUCUCACUGAAGACUGAGGAGCUGACCAGCGCGUUGCUCCACGUCCGGCUGCACCUCUUCGUGCAGUCCUUCACGCUGGUCUUCUUCCCUCUGGCCGUGUGGCUGCUGCUGCGGCUGCUGUCGCUGACGGCCAUCGACCAGUGGCUGCUCAAAGGGUUACAGACCGUCAGCUGCAUGCCCCCUCCUGUCUCCUCUGCUGUUAUUCUCACCAAGGCCGUCGGAGGCAACGAGGCCGCUGCCAUCUUCAACUCAGCUUUCGGGAGCUUCUUGGGCAUCGUCGUGACUCCUCUGCUGCUGCUGCUCUUUCUGGGCUCCUCCUCCUCCGUUCCCUUCUCCUCCAUCUUCUCCCAGCUCUUCAUGACCGUGGUGGUGCCUCUCAUCGUGGGUCAGGUGUGUCGUGGUUUCCUCAGGGAGUGUCUGGAGCGAAGGAAGCUCCCGUUCGGCACCAUCAGCAGCGUCGUCCUCCUCAUGAUCAUCUACACCACCUUCUGUGACACCUUCAGUAACCCCAACAUCGAGCUGGACCCCACCAGUCUGCUGCUGGUCGUCCUCAUCAUUUUCUCCAUCCAGCUCAGCUUCAUGCUGCUGACGUUUGCCUUCUCUACCAGGUCAGGCUCAGGAUUCAGCCCAGCAGACACAGUCGCCAUCGUGUUCUGCUCCACACACAAAUCCCUCACUCUGGGAAUCCCUAUGUUGAAGAUUGUGUUUGAGGGCUACGAGCAUCUCUCCCUCAUCUCGGUCCCUCUGCUGAUCUACCACCCGGCUCAGAUCCUGCUGGGCUCCGUCCUCGUGGCCACCAUCCGCAGCUGGAUGACCAGCCGGCAGAAGGCAGUGAAGCUGUCGGCUCUGCAGCCCGUCUGACGACAGUGGACCGGGCCGUGCUCCUGCCGUGGAGGAGGGAGGCUGCAGCCACAUGUGCCUUGUUACAACCCAUCAACGGAGACCUCGCUGGAGGGACGAGGCUGACGCUCCUCCACUGCCUCCAGCUCUUUGACAAAGAAAAACUCCUGUUUCUUAUUGCAAUCAAAUCUAUUGUUUUAUAUGUAGAAGAAACAAAAGGAAGUUAUAUUUUUAUAUGGAAACAUGUCCUGACAACACAAGGACGUUGACUGUUAUUAUUUUUCCACUGGCAGAACCAGCUAAAAAAUGAAGGGAGUUACUGGGACCAUGAUUUUUUUUUUCACAUUUUCUACAUUUUUCUAUUCUUUCUCAUACGUCACUACCAGAACAUGUGGACAGUUGUUGUAAUUAUGACUGAAACAAACUAAUGCUGCAUUAUUUGACACUUACUAUACGGUAAAAUAAUCACCGUUGUCUUCAUUUUGACACCUGUAACAUUGAGGAAGGUGUCACCAUCACUUUGCAUUGUGAACUGUAUCAUUUACAGCAACAUGUCUUCACAACAUCUGUGGUUGGAUGAGUUCAGUGGAGCCGGGUUUCAUCUAAUGUAGAAACCAACUAGUCAAAUAGUUUUACGUCUUAAAACUUGAAUUUCUCUAAGUUGCCUCCAUAUUUUUGUAACUCACGAUACAAAAACAGUUUGUGUGUCAGGUGCGUAAGUGUCUGCAUGUAGGUGACUGUUCUCUGCUGAUACUUAUUAGUUAUUAUGAAAGUCCAUCACUAAACUCUGAAUGUAUUUAGAAGAACUGAACCUCUGGGACUCAGAGGGAGUGAAAUCAUGUGUAUGAGCCUCAAAUUUAAACCUGAUUUUACUGAAAAUGUC